AUGGGCGGCGGCGACGGGGCCGCAUUUAAGCGGCCAGGGGACGGCGCCCGCCUGCAGCGUGUCCUCGGGCUCGGCUCCCGGCGGGCGCCCCGCUCCCUGCCCUCCGGGGGCCCUGCACCACCCCCGGCGGGCCAUGCGAGCGCGGGCCCCGCCGCGAUGAGCUCGCACAUCGCCAAGAGCGAGUCCAAGACGUCGCUGCUCAAGGCGGCGGCGGCGAGCGGGGGCAGCCGGGCUCCCCGCCACGGCUCUGCACGGGACCCCGCGCUGCGUGGCCGCCGACUGACCGGUCCCUGUCCCAGCUCGCCGCCACUGUGCGGGGACCCCAGCUCGCGGAGGCCCCUGUGCCGGCCCGUGCCGCGCGACGAGGGCGCGCGCGGGAGCCGGCGUGGGCUGCCCCAGGCGCACUGCAGGCCCCGGGAGACGCUGCCGCCGGUCCGCGGGAGCGAUGGGGAGGAACGGGGGCUGGCGCCGGCGCUCGGUCUACGGGGCUCCCUGCGAUCGCGGGGUCGCGGGGACCCGGCUCCCACCGGUGCCCCCGAGGCGGACCCGUUCCUCCACCGACUGCACCCCAUGCUCAGCUCUGCCUUCGGCCAGGACAGAUCAUUACGGCCAGAGGAGAUCGAAGAGCUUCGAGAGGCCUUCCGAGAAUUCGACAAGGACAAGGACGGCUAUAUCAACUGCCGGGACCUGGGGAACUGCAUGCGUACCAUGGGCUAUAUGCCCACUGAGAUGGAACUCAUUGAGCUGUCCCAGCAGAUCAACAUGAACCUGGGCGGCCAUGUGGACUUCGAUGACUUUGUGGAACUAAUGGGACCUAAACUCCUGGCAGAGACAGCAGAUAUGAUUGGUGUAAAGGAACUGAGAGAUGCCUUUCGGGAGUUCGACACCAACGGCGACGGGGAGAUAAGCACCAGUGAGCUGCGAGAGGCCAUGAGGAAGCUGCUGGGUCAUCAGGUGGGACACCGAGACAUCGAGGAGAUUAUCCGUGACGUGGACCUCAACGGAGAUGGACGAGUAGACUUUGAAGAGUUCGUCCGGAUGAUGUCCCGCUGAGGCCUCCAGGGCUUCUCCAGGACUGCCAACUCCCACUUGAGGGGAAAAGAGCCGAGCUCGCCUCGCUCGCUCCGCAGUAGAUGCCCAGAGCCCAG